UGGGGGCGUUUCUCUCUUGGCUUUAAAAGAGGAACUUGACACUGAGUCUGAUUAUGGUCAUUUCUCCUGCCAGUAAUCUGGCCAGCAGGGGAGCAGCAUGUUUCACUUUUCUUACAUAUUGUGAAAGUUUCUUCCAGUCAGCUGUUUAAUAUGUUGUGCUGCGGUGAAACCUAAAACCAGCCCAGCGCGAGGACGCAAACUUUGCAAGUAGUUUUUUUUUUUUUUUUUCUGCUGAAAUGGGUGUUGCAGACUGAACUGGCAACCGUCAGUCUCGGGGCAGGACCUGCCAGAGCGUCGCCAAGAGUCCGGAGGCUGAGGUUUGUUCCUGGGAGAGCCUCCAGAUCUCCGUUUUGCCAAAAGGAGAACCUGCGGAGGAGCACAGCCACUUUUCUCCCGAGCAGAGUCAGCGCAGUGAGCACAUUUAUCGCGUUUUCUCGUUGCUUCCUCCUUCCUCUGCUCAGAUGGUCGACUCGGGUUGUUGGACAUAAACAAUACGCGAGGAUUAAUUGGAUGAAUUAACUUAUCAGGGCGUUAACGGGAGCGGGAGGGUGUUUUUCAGAGAUGUGACGUGGUCCGAAACUUUUCUCCGAAAGACUUCAUUCAUUUCCCCAGAGGACUGAGGAAGUGUUAGAAAGUUUCUGGUGUUUUUAUAGCAGAUGAUCUCCCGGGACCAUACGUGUAAACGGAAGUAUCGCUGAGAUGAACUUGUGGAUAUAAACUCUUUACGCACUCUCUCUUUCUCCCUUUGUAACGAACACAGAGCAGACAGUGGAGUGGCAUGCUCUGAAACACAUCACUGGCACACUGUUAUGUGAUGAUCCUGCACACUGUAUGUCCUCAUCUGGAAUUCAUUAAUUAACAACCUCAAAUGCACUAAAGACGCGCCCGGAUCGCGCUGCACCACUGGAUCUUUAUCUCCCCUCACUCUAUCUGACAUCUCGCCACCAUGAGGGGGGCUUUUGUUCUCAUUUUAGCUCUGAUUUAUCUGCUAACGUGGACAGGCGAAGCCGACCAACAGACUCACCUGAAGCGGGUGCAGCCUUCCAGACGCGCCAGACCGGGACGUGCCCAGUUUGUCUCCUCGGACAAGGAGCGCGUCGUGGGACGAAUGCGCCCCGGGUUUGGCUCGGCGAUCUCGGUGCACAGCUCCAGGAAGGAGAAGGAGGAGGAGGAGGAUGUGCAGGCGGACGAAAGUGUUCCAGUUUCCACCAGGAUGAGGACUGUGCAGGGCAGGAGAGCAGGGCCAAGGACUGGGGGGGCCAGGCAGAUCAGCUUGCCCCGUCAGCCGGACAUACAACAGGAUGAGGGUACUCCGGGACCCAGAGCUCGGGUGGCCCGCAUGCCCAGCAGCGGCGUAUCACCAAACCUGUUGGCCAGUUUCGCAGGGAAGAACCGCGUCCUGGUGAUCUCAGCACCUCAUGAUUCAGACGGUUACUACCGGCUCAUGAUGUCUCUGCUGAAGUCAGAUGUUUACUGCGAGCUGGCAGAGCGACAUGUGCACCAGGUCGUCAUGUUCCACCAGGAGGGAGAGAUGGGGGGCAAGGUGAGGCGGAUCAGCACGGACGGGAAGGUGAUGGAGGAGCCGCUGGACACGGCGCUCAUCCCCAGACUCAUGAGCUUCCUCAAGCUGGAGAAAGGUAAGUUUGGGAUGGUGCUGCUGAAGAAGACCCUGCAGGUGGAGGAGAGGUACCCGUACCCCGUCAGGCUGGAGGCCAUGUACGAGGUGAUCGACCAGUCGCCCAUGAGGAAGCUGGAGAAGCUGCGACAGAAAGGCUUCGUCCAGAAGUGUAAGGCAGCAGGUGUGGAGGGCCAGGUGGAGGAGGGCAUGCUCCCAGUUUUACCAGAGAGGAAGAAGAUCCUAAGAAAGCCGACAACAACAACCACUGCUGCCACGACCACCACGACAACAACCACACGACCAACCACCACAACUACAACCACCACAACAACAACAACUACAACCAGGCCCACCACCACCACAACUAAAGCCACAACAACAACCACAACCAAAGCAACAACAACCACCACCAAGCCCACCACAACAACCACCAGGAGAACCACCACAAAACGACCAACCACCACCACCACCACCACUACACAGAAACCAACCAGGGCCCAGACCACGGCCCUGUGGCUCCCCGUCCCCAGAACCACCGCCGAGCCGUAUUACUACAACCGCAGAGAGAGGGAGAGGGUCCCGGCUAAGACCACCCCGGCUGGAGACAACCGCACGGACAAGGACAGCAGAGAUCCACACAGAAGGCUGGUGCCCUCCACACACAAACCCUCCAAGACCAAACCCAGCAGGAGGAAGACUGGAGGGGAGAAGGUGUUGACUAACGAGUACGAGGACAGGUACGAGCCGAGCAGACCGACGGUUAGCGAUGUAGAAGAGACAGAAACCUUCACCGACAUCAGUCCCACCAAGAAGGUGAAGGGGAAACACGACAAGCACGACAAGAAGAAGAAGAAGAACGACAAGGCUGCCAAGAAAGCCGAGCGGAGAGGAGGGAAGAAGAUCGGGGGAAAGAAAAAUGGAAAGAAGCUGUCAAAGUACCCUGAGAAAGAGGAGUACCCCAAGCCCACCAAGAGGCCCACGCCCCCGCCCAAAGGGUCUCUGGCCUCCUUCCUGGACUACUUUGAGAACAGGAGGCGGCUGCUGCUGAUUACGUCGCCCAGCGAGGAGCACACCAUGUAUGUUCAGCAGAGGGAUGAGUACCUGGAGUCUGUGUGUGAAAUGGCCAUCAGGAAAGUCUCCAUCAUCACCAUCUUCGGCUCUCUCACCAACUCCACCAUGAAAAUAGACCACUACCAGCUGGAAAAUGACAAACCCAUGAAGGGUCUUCGUCAGGAGGACCUGGUGAACCAGGAUCUGAUCACAGAGCUGAGGAAAGAGUUCAGCAUGACCCAUGAUGACUUCUACAUGGUCCUCACCGACGCCGACAUGAGAGUUAAGCAAUCCUACGAGGUUCCCAUCGCCAUGAAGGCCGUAUUCAACUACAUCGACACCUUCUCCUCCCGCAUCCGAGAGAUGGAGCAGCAGAAGAGAGACGGCGUGGUCUGUAAGAAAGAGGACAAGCCCAGAUCGCUGGAGAACUUCCUCUCCAGGUUCCGCUGGAGACGUCGUCUGUUCAUCAUCUCCGCCCCCAACGACGAGGAGUGGGCCUACCAGCAGCAGCUCUACUCCCUCAGCAGCCAGGCCUGCAACCUCGGUCUGAGGCACAUCGCUAUUCUGAAGUUGGUCGGCACGGAGCCGCCGGAAAUGGAAGGAACGCUGGAACUCUAUCCCAUCAAUGGGAGUUCCACCGUGGAGCGUGAAGGUCUGCCGGGCUCCCUGGUGAAGGACAUGAGGAACUACUUCCAGAUCAGCCCGGAGUACUUCUCCAUGCUGCUGGUGGGGAAGGACGGCAACGUGAAGUCCUGGUACCCGUCGCCCAUGUGGUCCAUGGCCAUCAUCUACGACCUGGUGGACUCUAUGCAGCUGCGCAGGCAGGAGAUGGCCAUCCAGCAGUCCCUGGGGAUGCGCUGCCCCGAGGACGAGUACGGCGGCUACGGCUACCACCAGCACGGCUACGAACACGGCUACCAGGACGGGUAUCACCAGGGCUACGGCUACUGAGUCCUCGUCCUUUCACCCGUAACUUUUUUAACUUUCCUACCCAUCCUCCACCAGGCAGUCGGCUCAAAUGGAGUGAGGUCCUUGAAUGUUUUGUAGCACUUAGUGAAAGCCUCGGAGCUCUCACCUCUCCACAUCUUUGAUAUAUACAGUCAUGGAAACAAAUAGUAUAACCAUUGUUUUCUUCAAUUUCUUGUUCAUUUUAAUGCCUGGUACAGCUAAAGGUACAUUUGU